AAGUCAUUUAGCAGACGCUCUUAUCCAGAGCGACUUACAAGUACACACAUUCAUACUUUUUUUGUACUGGCCCCCCGUGGGAAUCGAACCCACAACCCUGGCGUUGCAAGCGCCAUGCUCUACCAACUGAGCUACACGGGGCCACGAUGUGUGUGUAUGUGUUUGUUGGGGCUUCUUUUAUUGUUCUUGGCGAUCAGCCUUGUUGUUCAAUUCCAUCACCACUCUUUUAUUCCCCUUCCUCUUGUUGUACCACGGAGACAGUCUCCUUUAUGGUCCUGAAUGCUGCCUCCCCGGAGCUCCAGUUAUGUAGCUGAGCUUGAAUUACAUGAAGUGAUAAAGAUGUUGUCACAGCUUUACUUUCUUUCUUCUGUCAAGGGAGGGUCCUGACCUAUCUACAGAGCGAGGCCUUUGGUUGGCCCCUCUCCUCUUCAACUCCUUCUCUCUUCACCUCCUGCUUCUCAUCCUCUGGCUUGUGGAUGCUGUUCAUGUGCCCCGUAACCGCGGCAAUACAGAUGUGUCUCGCACCUCAGUUUGGACCAAUCAUAAUUAAGGCUAGGACUUUUUCAUGACUUGACAAGGAAGAAAUCUGGGUCUCAAUUGUAGUAUAACACUAUGGUUUCCACUAGUUACCACAGCCACAAAGGCAAAAUUGCCUAUAUUGUAAAAAUGUUAUUUUUGGUCUUAAUUUAAGGUUUAGGGUUAGGUUUAAGUUGAAAAUCUAAUUUUAAGAGAGAAAUUAUAGAAAUGGUUGGCUUAACACUACAUCAUAGGGAAAACACAUGGAUACUGUUACAAACAAACACGUGUGAGCGGACCAAGUAAUUGGGCGUCACUCUAAAGCGGGAAGGUGGAACAAACGAGUCAGGAGUAGGUUUUCUUGAUUGAACAAAGUUCUAUAUUGAGGGCAUUUGGACAACACAAACACUCCAACAGAAUCAAUGAAACUCUCCAAAGGAAUAAAACAUAUAUCUUCUUCUCCAGAGCAAAACAGGAACACAAUACGAUUGUCUUUAAAUUACAACAAAAAGUCACGACAUUGUCACCGUCUUAAUGGUUCUUCCUAGAUAGCUCCUCUGUCUCGGUGGCCAUCUUCCAGAGAUAGUUCCCCCUCUUGCUGGUUCCAUACUCUCUCUUAUAGGGGAAGGAGAAUAUCUCAUUAGUAGUGUCAGCUGUGCUUAAUUGCCUCUGGUUCACUUGUCUCCCAUGCCUUGUUGGGCUACCAUCCGUGAGCCCAGCCUGCCCUCUGGUGGUCCUUCCACACACGUCACAACUCCACUUUCUGUUUUCCAGAACCACCCCAUGUUUUGCUGUUGUAUCCAUGAAUCUGACACACUGCUGUGAUUAGGUGGGGCUCAGGUACCUGCGGCAUCAUACUAUUAUGAACUAUGUAAAAUGUCAAUGAACAAAAGGACCAGCAAAAAUAGUAUUAUGAACACGAAAGAUGUAAAUAGUAUCAAUAAUAAAUGGAUGGCAAAAAAUCAGAUUAUGAACGCUAUCGUGGAUGUUGUCCUACUUUCUUUUAUACCUUAGAGAGAGAGGGGUGUGGAUGGAGGGAGGGAGGAUAGUUCUGGGAAGAGCCUUGUGACUCAGACAUCUGGUGUGGUGGUUGUUUUGGAAAGAUGGAGCUAGACGAAGCAUGUCAGGAGAGCGGUGCAUUUCAAAGAGUGCAGCAUCCUCAGACUGCCUACAUGUGCAGGUCCUGAUGUUGGCCUAGUUAGACCUGCGUGUGUAUAAGUUCAGGUCCAAAACACUCAUCAACAGAAACAACAAGCAAAACCAUUUCCAAAACCAUUUAAUGUGGAUGAGUGAUGUGAUGUUGCUGUGUGGGUGGGUGACACAGAACUGCAUUAUGUGUACAGACUGGAGCCUCUGACUUGGAGUGGCUGUCUGUCACCAGGUCUACAUGUGUGCUUCCACUCUGUACCGUUAGGUUGUAUUGGAGUGGUUGUCUGUCACCAGGUCUACAUGUGUGCUUCCACUCUGUACCGUUAGGUUGUAUUGGAGUGGUUGUGUUUACUUUAGACUUCAGAUGCCCUCCAGAUGGAGAGCCUUUUGGGAUGAUAGUUGCUCAGGGAUGAGGUAAAGGAACCAUAUGAUAGCUAUAGUCUUACUGCACACACGGAUGUAGAGGAUCCAAGAUGCUGGUCAUGGCUGGUGUUUUAGCAGGUUCAGACAUGGAAAGGGAGGAGAUGGGUAGAGGAUAGAUGCAAAUGGAAAAUACACAGCUGACAGGUACAUGUGUUAUGUUUGAGGGUCUUUACAGCUGCUGUUUGACCACGGUGUGUGCAGGGGAUGGCUACAGGAAUUUGUAUUGAAUAAUGUACUUUACUAAUGGUUUUGCACACAGGGAGCCAUCAGAGCUCAGACGGUCCUGGAUAAAAUGAGUUAAUGACUCAGUAAAAGAAAAAUCCACAUAUGUUAAACGUUCUGAGGCAACUGAAGUAAUGAGUUCUAAGGAAAGUGCAUCUUAUUGGGUCAUUUUGUUUGUGAGUGAGUCUGUUUUGAGUUUAGUUUCUGACCCUUAACCACAGUAAAGCGAGACAAAUGUGAAAGUUUACUCACGGAACUGAAGAGAUAAGCUAAAGGUUUUGAUAUCCUGCCUAGAUUUACAUUUAGUCAUUUAGCAGAUUUUUUAUUUUUUAUUUAAAUUUGUACUUAACCUUUAUUUAGUCAUUUAGCAGAUACUCUUAUUCAGAGUCACAUUCCUUAGUUGAAUGGUUCCUGCUGUGUAGUAAGCCUAUCAUACCAAGGCUAACAGGUCAUUUGAAUAGUUCUAAACUCUUGGAGAAGUGGGAAAUUUACCAUUGUAAAAUAACUACACUUUUCAAAUCUCUUAUGAGCAGUACUAUUGCACUCUCUGCUGGUUUAGGUAGGUGGUUGGACUAUCCACAAGAUAAGGGGGUGUAUUAAUUAGUGCACACUGAGCAAACCGUAGCAAAAUGUUUUGCACAGACAAGUUUGGGUAGUACUUCUCUAUUUCGGCCCAGUUGCUUCCUUUUUGUGCCUAGUAAAUACGACUUAAUUGCUUUCCAAUAGCCUUUCACCAAAAUUGUUUUUGCUGUCUCACAAUGUAGUUUAGUUUGCAAGACAGGUCUUCUGUUCAGAAAUUAUCAUUAGUAAUAAAUUUACAUAGGUAGCCAUAAUUUGUCACCAUUUUUGUUUAAACACAUUGGGAAUGGGACACUAAUGCUGAGAUGUGAAGCGUUUGGAAUUUAAGACACUGUUCCUCUGAAUAUAAACCACUAGAGGGUACCACAGUAUUAUAAAUCACAAGAUGUACUUGUACUCUUAACAUUGAGUUCCUGGCUAAGUCAGUGUAAUAAACUCCAAAGAUGUCCCCAGCAGAGAGAGGUACUAACACUCACAACCCAUUAUGGCUACAGACUAUGGUGAAUUAGGAUGACAUUGCUGCUAGAAACGGAUCUGUAUUCAUUUUUUUUAAUCAAGGGUUCAGGUUUGGAUUUGUGAAGUGUAAGCUGAUCCUAGAUCUGUACGUAAGGGCAAGGUCUGAUUUGGAGCUAGUUACUGUACAAUGUGGUUGUUUCUUUGUGUGCGUGUGGAAUGCUGAGGACAAGUGACAUCUAUUUAGUGAGGCUGUAAUCUUCACAGAAUCCCAGCGAUGCAUAGACAGACAGUUGCUACCAUUGGCCAGGAAAUCUGAUUUACCUCAGGGAACUGUAAACACAGACACACACAGACACACACACAAUCCUUUGAUCUGUUAGAGUUGUGGUUACAGUAAUAGACUUGGCCAUAGGGGCCAGAGAGGAAAGCACACUGAGACACUGAUGGAUUACAGUAUAACAGUAAGUAUUGCUGUUCAUGGAUUUUUAAAUCCAAUGAUGACAAAAGAGAAUGUGACUAAUGUUGAUUGAAGACCUGGUUGUCAAUUCUGUACAAUAACGAAGCCGGAAAUGGCUUAUGAGUGCUGCGGUUCAGAUGACUGUGGGGUGUGCAUGAGCUCUAUGUUAUGUAUCCCUCUGUGACUUCCCACAUCGCCAUAACAUACUGAACCUUAUCCUACUGUAGAUAAUUUAUAUAGACUUAUGAACUCAGAUAAACUCACUCACAUAGCAAGCUAUAAUCCUAUAUGGAACUAAUCAUGAAAAGACUAGUCUAUGUGUAUCUUCAGUAAGGUGUCACUUUUGACUGUCAAGAGUAAAACAGGGGUCUGGGUUGUGCUGUUUUGGAGAGUAAUCCAGGACUUCAGUGGACACACUGACAUCUUAUUCAGCUCUGGAGAUGCUGGCUGGGGCAGGACAGAGAAAAAAGGCAGGGCGGAUAAACUAAUCUGAAUUUCAAAGCUAUGUUGUGCUGAACUAGCUUCUAAGAGAAUGGAAAUGAGGCGGAGAAAAAUGUGGUCCAAUGGAAAAGCAGACAACAAGUUUUCUUUCUACUGCUUUGGUCUCCCGGAAUGCCUAUGAUGAUCUCAGGUCUGAAUUCAAUGAAAGCUGCAGUGUAUUGUCAUUUCAUCUUUGCAAACUCUAAAUCUGUAAUUUCUUUACCUAAAACAUGCCUUCUUACUAUGAAUCAAGCAACAUUAUUUUCCUACAAUUUUAUGUUGCUACAUUGUGAGUUUGAUUGAAUUACAAGUCUUAGGACAGUGAUUCAUUCUGAUGGCCUCCUCUCUUAACUGCUCUUUGCACACUUCAGUCGAAGUGUUGAAUACUCACGUAGUGACCUGUGUCCAUGUACCCAGUCUACCUAUGUUUCAACAGCUCACGGUGCACUUAGCAUGGCUAGUCUGUCUACUGCUGGCCUGUCAGUGGAAUGGCAGGCCGAUAUCGUCAUGCAUUGUUCCUGGGCUCUUAAGUGUUACCCAGAUAACUUCAGCAAUACAACUCACUGUGUGUCAGAGCCCAACUUUGUCGGGAUCAGUGUCCCGUCCACGGGACGUUUGAGCUAACGUAGGCUAAUGCGAUUAGGAUGAGGUUGUAAGUAACAAGAAUAUUUCCUAGGACAUAGACAUAUCUGAUAUUGGCAGAAAGCUUAAAUUCUUGUUAAUCUAACUGCACUGUCCAAUUUACAGUAGCCAUUACAGUGAAAUAAUACCAUGCUAUUGUUUGAGAGUGCACAAUUUUGAACAUGAAAAGAUAUUAAUAAACAAAUUAGGCACAUUUGGGCAGUCUAAAAUUUUGAACGGAAAUGCAAUGGUUCAUUGGAUCUGUCUAAAACUUUGCACAUACACUGCUGCCAUCUAGUGGCCAAAAUCUAGGAGAAAAUUGAAAAAAGGGGUGGAUCCUUAAGAGGUUUUAAAACCUCUUUGGGAUAGGCGUGCCGCUAGCGCCCCACCUCGACAACAUCCGGUGAAAUUGCAGAGCGCAAAAUUCAAAAUACAAAAUUCGUAAUAUUAAACAUUCAUGAAAAUACAAGUGUCUUAGAUCGUUUAAAAGCUUAACUUCUUGUUAAUCCAGCCGCUUUGUCAGAUUUCAAAAAGGCUUUACGGCGAAAGCACACCAUGCGAUUAUCUGAGGACAGCGCCCCACAUACAAAAGCAUUACAAACAUUUUCCAACCAAGCAGAGGCGUCACGAAAGUCAGAAAUAGCGAUAAAAUAAAUAACUUACCUUUGAAGAUCUUCCUCUGGUUGCAAUCACAAGGGUCCCAGCUACAUAACAAAUGGUCCUUUUGUUCGAUAAAGUCCUUAUUUAUAUCACCAAAAAGUAUGUUUAGUUGGUGCGCUUGACUCAGUUAUCCACCGGGUAUGUUAACAGAUCUGUAAGGUGAAAGCAACAUGGAGGAUUAUGGAAACUCCACCACUACACUGCUUAUACAGUACGUAUUCAGAGCCUUCAGAUAUUCAAACACUUCAGAUAUUCAGAUAUGGGAGUAAAUUCAAAAUGAGUAAUACAUUAAAAUAAAAUCAUAACAUUAUUAAUAUUCACCAUCAAUAACAAUAUAUCUACAAUAAAGAAAAAGUACAAAACAUCUACAAUAAAGAAAAAGUACAAAACAUUCUUUAACCUCCCCUGUGCUUACUACCAGUUGAGUAAAGGAACACAAAACAUUGACUCAAAGGGAAGCGCCAAAUGGUAAAUAUUGUGAUUGAUCUCGAUUUCCUAUAUGACUUCAGCCUUCUGUCAUGGUGUAUAAGAAAACAAAAUAAUAAUUACAGGAUAAGCUAUUUCUCAUAUAUCUCAGAUAGUUUGUGUUAGACCACGAAAUUAUUAGUCAAUGUUCUGAGGAAAAUGGAUGCUCCUUUUAAUUAUGGAACAGUGAAUGGUUGUGUAGAAUUUAUAGAUGUACUAUUACUGUUAAACUAAACUAUUAAAAUGGUUUUGAAAAACAAUCGUAUGCUUCAAUUCUGGGUCAGGUACCCACAGGACAAACAGAAUAAUAUUAGUCUGAGGUGUGUUUAGAAUUAUUUUUGUUGUAUUAAUGCUAUUUAAUCUCUCCUCAGACUAAUAUUAUUCUGUUUGUCCUGUGGGUACCUUUGCCACUGUUCCACCCCUUGUGUAUUGCGCUGUCAUGGUGUAUUUGUUUAAAUAUCUGAAGAUAUGGGAGUAAAUUCGUUCAAAACGCAUACAAACGAAUCCCGAAAGUUACCAAUAAACGUCAUCCAAACAAGUCAAACAAUGUUUCUAAUCAAUCUUUAGGUACCCUAACAUGUAAAUAAAUGAUCAAAUUUAAGACGGAGAAUAGUAUGUUCAUUACCGGAGAUAAAUAACAAAGUGCGCGCCCUCACCGUCGCGCACCACAACACUACAGCCAAAAUGGGAGCCACUUAGAAACUUAGCCACUUUCAAAAAACAAGCCUGAAACUCUUUCUAAAGACUUUUGACAUAUACUGGAAGCCCUAGGAACUGCAAUCUGGGAGGCAUUCCAUUUAUAUUCCUAUAGACAGCCAUUAUAAAGAGUGGUGAGCUCAACAAAAACAAAUUUCCGGAUGGAUUCUCCUCGGGUUUUCGCCUGCUAUAUCAGUUCUGUUAUACUCACAGACAUUAUGUUAACAGUUUUGGAAACUUCAGAGUGUUUUCUAUACAAUACUACCAAUUAUAAGCAUAUCCUAGCUUCUAGGCCUGAGUAACAGGCCGUUUACUUUGGGCACCUCAUUCAUCCAAACCUCCAAAUACUGCCCCCUAUCCAUAAGAAGGACUCCAACCUAAGUGUGUGUAAACCUCCGCUAAUAAGGCUUAAUUUAACACUGAAAUGUGAGGAACUGUAUAGACACUGGAACAGUGUUACAUUUAACACUGUUUAAAAAGGCAAGCCAGUUAAGAACAAAUUCUUAUUUACAAUGACGACCUACCGGGGAACAGUGGGUUAACUGCCUUGUUCAGGGGCAGAACGACAUAUUUUUUAGAGCGACAGCGAUUCGAUCCAGCAACCUUUCAGUUACUGGGCCAACGCUCUGCUGGCUCAACGCUUUAACCACUAGGCUACCUGCCGCCGGUGUUAAUUUAACACUGGAGAAUUUGCUGUGCACAAACAUUCUGUUGGCCUGGUCUCACUCAUGUCUCAUCCAUGUUACUACUCUAAUUUAUUUUCCUUCCCUUUCAACACCCAGCCUUUGUGCCACUCGUGGCAGCCAUUUAUGAAUGAAUGUAAUAAAUUGAUAAACAUUGUAAAUAGGCUGAGCAAUUUAUUUAUACCCUGUCUCUUUGAACAGCCAGAGGAGGCAAAUGUAAGGGCAGAUAACAGUGCAGGGUAUGACAGGAUAUGAUGAUUCAGCAGUAAAAUAUAGACUGAUACAGCUAGCUCUUUAUAUGGAGAAAGACUCCCGAAGCUUUUACUGCCCUGUAGGGUGCCUACAUGAUGACGUGCUCCAAUGAUGGCGAGAGCAAUAAAGAGGGAGUCAGAGUUGAGUUAUCCGUGUUAUUGUAACCUCAUGCAGUACCAUGAACACAGCUCUCACAGUAUAACUCUAGUCAGAAUAGAGAGGGCAUGGAGGGUAAAUGUUAUUGAUGAAAAGAGUCCUGGAGGCAAAUCGCUGGUCACGAGAGGCCAAACGGGGAACAUGGAGGCGAAACAGACACAAGGGUCCUAUAUUAUGUUUUUUUCAGUGAUCAACUGUGUUUUAUGGACAUGUUUCAUGUUUACUCUUACUUUGUAAUUAUGAUAUAUUUCCCAUGGUCAAGAGCUGGGGUCCCUGACCUGCCUGUUACUGGUCUCUUUCCCACAUUGCUGCCUGUGAGUCAUACAGUACUGUAAAUGUCUGGAGAGGACAACACAGAGAGGAAUGUUUAGAAUACGUCCUCAAUACCAAGACUCAUUGGCUUAUAUUACAAAAUAAAGGAUACAGAAAUGUCUGAGCUUCAUGUAUGCCCUGCACAUAAAUGCUUCGAUAGUGAAAUGUUAUGAAAAUGUGCCAUGUGUGAGAGCCCACAUGAAAAAAUACUAUAGUUUACUAUACUAUAUAUAAUGUAGUAUUACCAUUGUUUAAAAAUUGUUUUGUUUUUGCAGACGUUCCUAUACUGUAGUCUUUACUAUAGUGUUUUGCAUAUAUUACUGUAGUAUACUAUACUGCCUUACCAAGCAAAAAGGCAGUAACUGCUCACUGCUCCUGCCUCUAUUGUAUUGUGUUUUGUAGAAAAUGGGGGUCAUGUUAACAGUAACUGCAUAAAGUUACAGUGAAACCAAGGUAAAUAAAAGCAAUUUUUCUCAGUUCCACACUAUGAGCAGUUACUGCCUUUUUGCUUGGUAGGGCAGUAUAGUAUUUACAGUUUACUAUUGUAUAAAUACUGUAGUAUUACUAUAGUUAAACAGUAGUGUUUUUGCGGACUGUAGUAUACUGUAGUAUUUACUAUGGUGUUUUUGCAGAUAUUACUGUAGGAGACCGUGACGUGAACCAACUCAAACAACUGUAAACUAGGUGCAGUAUCUUCACGAAGGAUUACAAGAGAAAAAACCAGUGAUCCGGGUCAACAGCAUCACUGUAACAGCAUAGCUUCUGUCCCUCUCCUCACCCUUACCUGGGCUCAAACCAGGGACCCUCUGCACACAUCAACAACUGCCUUCAACGAAGCAUUGUUACCCAUCGCUCCACAAAAGCCGCGGCCCUUGCAAAGCAAGGGGAACAACUACUUCAAGGUCUUAGAUGAGCGCACUCUAAUCAGGCACUAUGGAGGCCAUCAAGAAGAAGAUGCAGAUGCUGAAGCUGGACAAGGAGAACGCCAUCGACCGCGCAGAGCAGGCUGAGACCGACAAGAAGGCAGCAGAGGACAAGUGCAAGCAGCUGGAAGACGAGGUGCUGAGCCUGCAGAAGAACCUGAAGGGGACUGAAGACGAGCUGGACAAAUACUCUGAGUCCCUCAAAGACGCCCAGGAGAAACUGGAACAGUCUGAGAAGACCGCCGCAGACGCGGAGGGUGAUGUGGCGGGUCUGAACCGCAGGAUCCAGCUGGUGGAGGAGGAGUUUGACCGGGCGCAGGAGAGGCUGGCCACUGCGCUGCAGAAACUGGAGGAGGCCGAGAAGGCUGCGGACGAGAGCGAGAGAGGCAUGAAGGUGAUCGAGAACCGGGCCUCCAAGGACGAGGAGAAGAUGGAGAUGCAGGAGAUGCAGCUAAAGGAGGCCAAACACAUCGCUGAGGAGGCCGACCGCAAAUACGAGGAGGUAGCCCGUAAACUGGUAAUCCUUGAGGGAGAACUGGAGAGAGCUGAGGAGAGGGCCGAGGUCUCAGAACUUAAAUGCAGUGAUCUGGAGGAGGAGUUGAAAAAUGUGACCAACAACCUAAAAUCCCUAGAAGCCUCAUCUGAGAAGUAUUCAGAAAAAGAGGACAAGUAUGAAGAGGAGAUCAAGGUUCUUAGUGACAAGCUGAAGGAGGCUGAGACUCGUGCAGAGUUUGCAGAGAGGACAGUGGCCAAACUGGAAAAGUUCAUUGAUGACCUGGAAGAAAAAUUAGCAGGUGCCAAAGAAGAGAACCUGGGAAUGCAUCAAGUCCUGGAUCAAACACUGCAAGAGCUCAACAGCUUAUGAAGAUGAUGAUGAGGAAGAUGGAGAGGAGAAAAGUCUUGCAACAUUCCAUAAAUAUUACAUUUCAUUCCACAUUGAGCUGUAAAGUCUUAUUCCCAGCGAAAGGGGAUUAACUUAACUUGUACCCUUAGUUUUUUCAAACCAAUGAGUCAAGAAUAGAAAAACGACAACUCAUAUUUGAAAUGUGCACUCAAAAGCAUGUUUUGAAAUAGGUUAUGUUAUAUGUAUGGCCUUCAUUUAUGUAUGAUUCAUGAGCUCCACCUAGAGUUAUUUUGCAAACAGUUGACAGGAAUCAGCUUUUACCAACUGACAUGUUAAUUUAUUCCAUGCACAAUGUACAGUGGGGAGAACAGGCAGGUUUUCCUACUUACAAAGCAUGUAGAGGUCUGUAAUUUGUAUCAUUGGUACACUUCAACUGUGAGAGACGGAAUCUAAAAUAAAAAUCCAGAAAAUCACAUUGUAUGAUUUUUUUAAAGUAAUUCAUUUGCAUUUUCUUGCAUGACAUAAGUAUUUGAUACAUCAGAAAAGCAGAACUUAAUAUUUGGUACAGAAACCUUUGUUUGCAAUUACAGAGAUCAUACGUUUCCUGUAGUUCUUGACCAGGUUUGCACACACUGCAGCAGGGAUUUUGGCCCACUCCUCCAUACAGACCUUCUCCAGAUCCUUCAGGUUUCGGGGCUGUCGCUGGGCAAUACGGACUUUCAGCUCCCUCCAAAGAUUUUCUAUUGGGUUCACGUCUGGAGACUGGCUAGGCCACUCCAGAACCUUGAGAUGCUUCUUACGGAGCCACUCCUUAGUUGCCCUGGCUGUGUGUUUCGGGUCGUUGUCAUGCUGGAAGACCCAGCCACGACCCAUCUUCAAUGCUCUUACUGAGGGAAGGAGGUUGUUGGCCAAGAUCUCGCAAUACAUGGCCCCAUCCAUCCUCCCCUCAAUAUGGUGCAGUCGUCCUGUCCCCUUUGCAGAAAAGCAUCCCCAAAGAAUGAUGUUUCCACCUUCAUGCUUCACGGUUGGGAGGGUGUUCUUGGGGUUGUACUCAUCCUUCUUCCUCCAAGCACGGCGAGUGGAGUUUAGACCAAAAAGCUCUAUUUUUGUCAUCAGACCACAUGACCUUCUCCCAUUCCUCCUCUGGAUCAUCCAGAUGGUCAUUGGCAAACUUCAGACGAGCCUGGACAUGCGCUGGCUUGAGCAGGGGGACCUUGCGUGCGCUGCAGGAUUUUAAUCCAUGACGGCGUAGUGUGUUACUAAUGGUUUUCUUUGAGACUGUGGUCCCAGCUCUCUUCAGGUCAUUGACCAGGUCCUGCCGUGUAGUUCUGGGCUGAUCCCUCACCUUCCUCAUGAUCAUUGAUGCCCCACGAGGUGAGAUCUUGCAUGGAGCCCCAGACCGAGGGUGAUUGACCGUCAUCUUGAACUUCUUCCAUUUUCUAAUAAGUUUUCCAACAGUUGUUGCCUUCUCACCAAGCUGCUUGCCUAUUGUCCUGUAACCCAUCCCAGCCUUGUGCAGGUCUACAAUUUUAUCCCUGAUGUCCUUACACAGCUCUCUGGUCUUGGCCAUUGUGGAGAGGUUGGAGUCUGUUUGAUUGAGUGUGUGGACAGGUGUCUUUUUAUACAGGUAACGAGUUCAAACAGGUGCAGUUAAUACAGGUAAUGAGUGGAGAACAGGAGGGCUUCUUAAAGAAAAACGAGCAGGUCUGUGAGAGCCGGAAUUCUUACUGGUUGGUAGGUGAUCAAAUACUUAUGUCAUGCAAUAAAAUGCAAAUUAAUUACUUAAAAAUCAUUCAAUGUGAUUUUCUGGAUUUUUAUUUUAGAUUCCGUCUCUCACAGUUGAAGUGUACCUAUGAUAAACAAUUACAGACCUCUACAUGCUUUGUAAGUAGGAAAACCUGCAAAAUUGGCAGUGUAUCAAAUACUUGUUCUCCCCACUGUAUAUGGACAUAUCCACAGAUUGGACUGUGCCUUUUAAUAAUGAGCCAAUAUUCUACCUUUUGGUGUAUAUGUGUGUGUUAACAUGGUCAUUGAGACUAGAGGAAUACUCAUGGAAAGGAUGGCGAACAUGUCUGUGGUGCUACUGGUGGUGCUAAAAUACUGUGACUGUCAUUCAGGUGGAGGGAUUGCCAAAGCGAGAAAAAAGUGUAAAGAGCAUUAUAUACAAAUCUUUCAAGGAACUACAACCCCUCUUCUGACCUAACCUAUUAUCUGUAUGGUCUUAAAGUGCCGCCAUAUGCUGACAUGCAGCUUUAUAGCACCUCCUUUCCACUAUGGCCUGACAUGCCUGCCACUAUCCCAGCUCUGCAUUUGACUGCCUAGUCUAGGUGUAAAACCAUAAUCCUGGUAUUAUAUUGUGGUGGCAGCAUAUUUAAUAAAAGUGAAACCAAAAAAAGCACCACUGGGGCCUCAAUCAAGGUAAUAAAAGAUGGAUAGUUAUUGUAUAUUGUAGAAUAAUGUUAGUUAUUGAUGUAUUGCUCCAGUUUUACAAAACUUUCAGUCAGGGGAACUCUCGAAACCAAAGAAUACACAAACCAGAGAAGGUGAACCGUCAAAAGGUUUUAUUGUUGUCUGUGAAGGUAAUCAAUCAAGGCUUCUCAUUAUUUGACUGAGUCUGUGUUGAAAUGUUUCAUUCACUUUUCCUGCUUUCAGUCUAAUAAAUUUUUACACAACAA